AUGAAAACCGAAGAGAAAACGUUGCUGACGUUAAGCGCGCCUUGUCUUCGCGCUUUAUGCGCACCUGAGGGCCCGAACGGUGUGACGAUUCCGCGAAAGAGUGCGCAUCGAUCAUCGGGACGCGCAUCGAUUCCAUUCAUUCACAGCCACAUCAUGCAGAUGUUCAGCGAUCGUGUCCAUGGAACGACGGUGAGUUUCAGUGAGCUGAAGAAGAAAAUCCGAGCCGCACUCAGUACUCGCUCGAAUUUCGGCCCAGCUUUUCGAAUGGAGAGAAUCGGGGAGAAUCAGGGAUUCCUCUCGAUCACCGUGAGGAUUUACUUCGAUUGGGUCGGUGACGAUGCACAACUCUUACCAGACACACUUGUGCUCAAGAUCCCAUCAACAGCCGCAAUGAUCCGAAAUAUCCAGGCCGGUUCCGAGGAAGUCAUUCGGGAACAACACGCUCGAUUGGCCAUGAUUCUCGAUGUGGGUCACGUCUCCGAGGUUUCCUUUUAUGCGAUGGCCAGCCGAGAAGGCCUCUUCACGACACUCAAAAUCCCACCAUGCAUUCGGGCACAGCAUUUCAGGAGAAAAGGCUCCGAAUCGGGUUACCUCCUUUUGGGCGACGUUCGGCACUCAAUCAUUCGUCCUUUAUGGGCGGGACUGCGUGAGGCACAAGUGAAGGCUAUUUUGGAGCAAUUAGCGAAAUUGCACGCUUUUUCGCUGACGAAUGAGAUGUGGAGGAAUGGAGCUGGCAAGAUAUUCAGAUCAACUUUUCUUGAAGUCCAAAAGGCCUACCCAGAGAUUACAAGAGCCAGAAUCGGAAAAGCAAUAGCUCAAUUAAAUCGGGAUUUCGGUGUCUGGUUUAUGAGAGCGAAUGGAAGAAAUUUGUUGAGUGCUUUGGCUGAAGUAGUCGACGACCAAUUGCUCAACUUUAACGGCGAUCUGGUGCACGCAAACUCAGGGAUGCCGCCAGUGCUAGUGCACGGGGAUUUAUGGACAAACAAUGUGAUGUGGGAUCUGACAGAACAUGGAGUCGAUUCGGAUAAUCUGGUGGCGAUCAUCGACUGGCAGAAUGUCCAUGCGGGUAAUGUGGCCGAGGAUUUGGUGCGUCUUCUUGGCUCCUCUUGUUCACCGAGGCUGCGUCGUGGUGGUUUGCAUCGUUUUGUCUCCCACUAUCUUUCUUGUUUAUCGUUGGAAUUGCGAAGAAAGGGUCAUUUCUCACUUCCAUUCACCCAUCAACAAAUCGUGAAUGCUUAUGAACGAAUGUUUGGGCAGGGACUUCUAAUAAUGUUGCCUUCGUUAAAUGCGUGUGCUGAUGAGGGAAACGGGUUGCUUGGAGGUGGACCUGAGGAAAAUCGUUUGGAGAGACAGGCAUUGGUCCUCGAACGAACACGGGCGCUCAUCGAAGAUUUUUUGGCUUUUCGAGCAAAGCAUUUACUUACGUUUCCG